GUCCUUAGUUACUUUUGUCACGUGAUUACACAAGUAUGGCGACUCUCGAAGAUAAAGCGAUCUGGGAAGAUGGAGAAGAAAGUUUAGGUGAACAGAUUCUGAAGCUGAACACAGAUGAAAUUGUUACAAGGACAAAACUGCUUGAAAAUGAGAUCAAGAUUAUGAAAAGUGAAAUUCUGAGGAUAAACCAUGACUUGACAGCAACAAAAGAAAAAAUCAAAGAAAACACAGAGAAGAUAAAAGUCAACAAAACACUGCCAUACUUGGUAUCAAAUGUUAUUGAGUUACUGGAUAUGGAACCCCAGGACAGUGGGGAGGAAGAUGGAGCUAAUAUUGAUCUCGAUGCACAGAGAAAGGGCAAAUGUGCUGUGAUAAAGACAUCCACAAGACAGACAUAUUUCUUACCAGUCAUAGGAUUGGUAGAUCCAGAAAAAUUGAGUCCCGGAGAUAUUGUGGGUGUUAACAAGGAUUCCUACCUGAUUUUGGAGACUUUACCUCAGGAGUAUGACUCCAGAGUGAAGGCUAUGGAAGUGGAUGAGAGGCCCACAGAACAGUACUCAGAUAUUGGUGGGCUUGACAAACAGAUUCAAGAGCUCAUCGAAGCAGUAGUGUUACCAAUGACACACAAAGAAAGAUUUGAAGCUCUUGGAAUUCAACCACCAAAAGGUGUGUUACUGUACGGUGCCCCAGGAACUGGUAAGACUCUUCUAGCUCGAGCCUGUGCAGCACAGACCAAGUCAACGUUUCUCAAAUUAGCUGGUCCUCAGCUGGUGCAGAUGUUUAUUGGAGAUGGAGCUAAACUCGUCAGAGAUGCAUUCGCCCUCGCCAAAGAAAAACAGCCAGCAAUCAUAUUUAUUGACGAGUUGGAUGCAAUAGGAACAAAAAGAUUUGAUUCUGAGAAGGCUGGUGACAGAGAAGUUCAGAGAACUAUGUUGGAGUUACUGAACCAAAUGGAUGGUUUCAUGCCUAAUGCACAAAUCAAGGUGAUAGCUGCCACAAACAGAGUAGAUAUUCUGGACCCUGCUCUACUAAGGUCAGGGAGGUUAGACAGAAAAAUAGAAUUCCCUCACCCCAACGAGGAAGCCAGGGCCAGAAUCCUACAGAUCCACUCAAGGAAAAUGAAUGUUAGGUAGG